AUGGAAAAAAUAAAUAAGAUCACGAAGCGUUACGAAAAGGAGAUAAACAACUUAAAUAAGAAGACACUAGAUUUGGAGAAUCGAUCUCGAAGAAACAACCUAAGAUUAGAUGGAAUAUUUGAAAAGCCAAAUGAAAAUUGGAAUGAGUGCGAAAAUGCAGUAAAGGAAAUGUUUAAAAAACAACUAAAAAUUAGUAAUGAAAUUAUCAUAGAAAGAGCUCAUAGAAUAGGCCAACCUAAAGAAGAUAAGAAACCAAGAACGAUUGUCCUAAAGUUAUUAAAUUUUCAAGACAAAACAAAAAUACUUAACGCUACAAAAAACUUGCGAGGAACUGGGAUAUAUGUUAAUGAGGAUUUCGCUAAAGAAACGAUGGAAAGCCGAAGGAUGUUGUGGGAAGAGGUCAAAAAGUUGCGACUUGAAGGUAAGUAUGCAGUUAUAAAGUAUGACAAAAUUGUUUCUAGAGAAUUUCGAAAGUAA